CCACCUAAAAGACACAAGAUGAGUGCCAUUAAAUCAUUUUUGUGCCUCGCAUUUAUUAUAUUUCACGCCUCUGCCUAUUACGUGCGCUACGAACCAAAAGCCAAUCCGUACCUGGACAUCAUCAGGAACAUUCUGAAACGCCAGCUGGAAGGCAACGUCAAUAUAAUGGCACACCCUUCUGACCCGGGAAUGGUAGUUGCUACGCACGUGCCGAACGUGACGAGGAUUCCCGAAUGCGACCCGACUGCUGACGACGAUGACGACUGCAAAAUGCAAAAACGCAAGAACAAAAAACAGUGGGACAGGAAAACUGUGGAAAACGGCCUAUCUAGACGGGAUUUAUUGAAGAUAAUAGACAUUUUGGACUACGAAAAAUAGGACGUCACCUUUAUCAAGAUAAUACCAAAGAAACAGACCAAAGAUGCUCAAACUUUCAAGGGAAGCGCCCACUUUGGGAACUUUGAACUACCAUUUUUCGUGGAACGCUCCCUCUGAAUUAAACGAAUACGUACAUAAUUUAUGGAUUAUGAAUUUUAUUGCAAUUUAUAAGUGUUAAUGUAACUUAAUGCUUGCUUAGUGAUUAUUUAUUAAAAUUUUAUACAUUUACCUAAUGUAAAUAAUCAGAUGAUUAUUAUGUACUACUUAUUAAGUAUAAAUAGGUAAACUGUUUAUGUAUUGAAAUAUAACUGAUAAUAAAUAUGUUGCUAAAAAUA